AUGGACUUUAGGGAACCACUCAAGAGCCCUCUGCUCAAGAGCAGGCCGGGCUCCUCUAGAAAACGCGAAUCGUUCAAGGAAAAGAAUAACAUUGUCAUAAGAAAAUCCUGGGACAAUGACACGGGGCUCAACACCAUUACGCCCACCAGCGGCCUCGACCUGCUGAUCCGUCAUGCGCUCGCGCGGAGCAACACGCCGGCCUACUUUGACGAGCACGGCAACCCGGUGCUGCCGCCGGCCUCGCCGCUGCGGCGGUCCAUGCAGCCGCUCGAGAAUAUCGCGGACCGGAUGCGGCAGAAGCGCAAGUCGUGGUACGAUGGACAAGACGAAGACGACGAGGACGGCGGCGAGCAAGGCAAGGGAGUCGUCCCGUCUCGGCUGCUGGCCUUGCCCACGGAGCUCCAGUUUCUCGUCAUCUCGCACCUCGAGCUGAGCGAUCUCGAGAGGCUCCGGCGGACCUGUCAAUACUACCGCUUCCUGCUGAGCCCCGAAUAUGUCCGGGCACUUUUUGGAGGCAGGCGCAAGCUCGCGUGGCAUAUGACGGGGCAUUGCCAGGAGUGUCUCGAGUCACCGGGCCGCGACAAGCUGAUUCUCCAGAUUGCACCACCGCCAAGAGCGAGCAACAAUAACAGAGACACCACCAACACCAUCAUCAACGACAACAACAUCACCAUCAACGAUAACAACAGCAUCAUGGACGACAACAACAUCAUCGACGAUAAUGACGGCAAUCUUCGUCCUCCUAUUUCACGUCGGGAAAUCUACCUCCCCAGCAGUAAAUGCUUCACCUGCAGCGUACGCGACCGCGAUCUAAAGAUUGGCGUCCAGUACCAGCUGGCCGACGGCGAAGGGCUCGGCGCCUGGGCCUGCCGCUGGUGCGGGUGGCCGGUCGCGUUCCCCUCGAGCAGAUACCAGUUUCACAUUGCCUGCUACGACCGGUAUUAUAAGGUCCUGUGGAGGUUCAUGUACCUGGGCUUUGCGCAGCUGACCGUGGGCAUUGUGGCGGCGGCCUUGAGUCUGGUCUACUUUCGACGGGAGCUUGUCGUAUUUGUUCCGACUGUGAUCAACUUCGUCUUGCUCUGGAUUUGCUUGACAUUUCUCGUGUUCAGAGGCAAUCGCAUUAGGACAUACCACUGGGUCGGCAUCCUUGAAUUGAUUAUAAUGUCCUUGUGGAUUCCGCCCAUAUACACCGUAUCUCAAGACUUGAAGAGGAAUACUAGCGGGAAAACCUUUGCGAGUUCCAUUGCCGUUUUGACCUUUGCUGCUAUUAACAUGCUAUUUAGGUUGUUGAAUGUCAUCGGCAACGUCUUCUUGAUGCUCCACUACGACAUGACCAGGCAUUAUGUACCAGAAAUGACCAUCAAAGAUCGACUGCUGAAUUUCAUCAUGACGGGUUUGAUCUUUUGGACGUAUCCGCAGUCUGUGGAGCAGAGAUACCCGCCGCAUUUUCACUAA